AUGGACCCUAUAUGGGUCGCUUCAGCAUGGAAGUUCCCAUGGCGACACCGACCUCCCCAGCGCAAGCCUCGACUUGAUCUCACUGAUACGACGUUGGUGUCAAUAGGAGGACCAGUUGCCGAGGCCAUUUGCAUCCCAGGUCUGGCGUCUUUGCCGCAAGAAGUGCUCCAAAUGCCUGAACAAGAUGCUACUCGCUUCUCUCUGGCAGCAGUGAAAGCUUGGAAACGUGGAGUGCAAGGGAUGGAUGCUGCUUGUGAUGAGAGUGAAUCAGAGUUAUUCAUCGUCAGACUUACUGUUGACUGCCUUGGCUUGAAGGAGAUCCAAAGGUUACAAGUUUGGCCAGAGUAUAACCACAUUCGGUCCAACACUUGCGCAUACGUUUCCUUUACACAAGGACAAGCAAAUAGCUCUUUCAUUUCUUCAAAGUUUGGGCGAGCAUUCAUCGAGAAUCCUCAUGACUCUCGAGACUUCCAAUUCUGUGACACACCUAGCCCUCCCGUGAGAGGAUUGAAAAUGUUACCGAGGCCGGAUCGUCCAGGUUCCAUCCGAUACCGCACUGUCGAUCUCCUCAGUACCACAGGACUUACCUUCUUCUUUCUGAGAGGUUUCAUAAUGGCAGUUCACUCCCACACAGCGAACUCACCAGUUGCAGCACCAACUAUACAACAUUUCUCUCGACAUGAACAAGACCAUAUGAUAUGGACGUACAUCCCUAUAUCCAGUACUGAUAGCCUCCUUCGGAUCGGCGUGGGGGAUGCCUGGCAAAGACAUAUAGAGAUAUGCACCAAACUCACAGGGACCUUCCUCUUUGGCCCUUACCAAUGUUAUACUGAUACUGACAAUGUAUCAGGCAAUGAGCCAUCUGUGCUUGUUCAUAACGUACCAACUAAGCGAGUAGGAGGUUUACUCGGCAUAGUUACCGAGCAUAACUUUGAGAGCGAAUCCUUAUUGUCAUUGCCUCGCUACCACAAAGACGAUAAGGAUCCCUCCCGUCUGCGCUGUACCAACACUGAAGUUCCAGCGAAAAAUAUCACUCGUGCUGAUGUCUAUUACAACCGCAAGAAUGGAUAUUGUGAAGGAUUGCUCCUGGAGUAUGCAAACGGUGCGCAGCGGGCAGUAGGUCAAUGCCGAAUCGGGAUUGACCCUUUCAAGGCUUACGGGAAGCCCUCCUGGAUCUGUUACCGUGAUAUAUGCGAUCCAGAAACAUGCGAGGAAACCGGAAGUUGUAUAGUUGAGUGUACGACUGGCACGAAUAGCCACGAGCAUGAACCUCGCGACAUUGGUGAUUGGGUAUGUAUGCGUCCACGAGGAGGAGGGUAUCUUGAGUUCGCGUGCGAGCACAAGACAGCCAGCUUUGGUAUGUAUACUCGAGCAGAUGAGGAAGAGGACGAUGAGUAA